CUCUCUAGCCUACUCGCCGCUGCCUACUCGCACGCAUAUUUGGACCUGGCCUGACUGCACUGCCUGCGCCCCGAAACAUCGACCACUUGCACACAGCUGAUUCAGCGCUGCGCCGAGCGAUCAAAGGCUUGUUCUGCGACUCGCGAUCGAAGACAUCAUGAGGACCUUCACGACGGUGGUGUUGGGGCUGCUGGCGGUGACGUUGGUGGCGGGCCAACGCUACCAGCCGGAUGAUGGCAAUUACAUAAACGGCGAGGUGUACGGCGACUACGAGUCGGAUCAGCCGGCAGCACGACCGGUCCAUAGCCCGACGCCCCGGAGCUAUAGUCCAGCUCAGGCUGCCGCCCAGAGGGGACCCGCUGCGGCUAAACCUACUCCUGUCGCCAUCCUUAAGCAGAUCAACCGGCACAACGAGGACGGCUCUUACACCUAUGGCUUCGAGGGUGCCGACGGCUCCUUCAAAAUCGAAACAAAGUUGGCCAACGGCGAAGUAAAAGGCAAAUAUGGAUUUGUCGAUGAUAGCGGCAAAGUUCGAGUAGUCGAGUAUGGUGCAGAUCAGUAUGGCUUUCAGCCUUCUGGUGAAGGUAUCACCGUCGCUCCACCAACGCUUGUCGAUGAAACUACCAGCAAGGAAGCUCUCGAAGCAGCCAAGUACGGCCAAGAUUACGCCGAGUAUCAGCUACCAAUUGCUGCUAGACCACCUCCACCAAGGGCAGCACCGGCGCGCCAGCAAACGGCAGCUUAUCAACAGCAGUACCAACCACAAUUCGCCACAGCAGCUCAUACCCAGGCGAUCUAUGCCGCGCAAUCCCGAGCGGUUCCGAAACCAGCACCCCAGGCGAUUUUCACGCCAGCCGACCAGCCAAGCAGAUCUCAGCUGAGUGCGGCUUUGCAAUCCCAGUUGAUUCAGCAGCAACAAUUGUACGAAGAACAACCCCAGGCCAUCCAGUACGCCAAGAAUGGCCCGGUUCAAUUUGGUCCAGCACCCGUUCAGGAACGACCGCGACCUCAACCUCAGACGCGCAGUGGUAAUGGCGGACUUCUCGAUCAACUUGCCAGGGACUAUGCGCUGCCGUCAAACGCUGCUGCUCCCUUGCACGACAUUAGCUUCGGCUACUACUAAGUCGGUCUUUCCAGUCUUUUAGGGGUAUAACAAUAUUUUCCAGUGAAGUCAUGAUAAUAAGUCGCGAUGCUGAUAUAAAAGACAAACAAGAUCGUUUUCGUGUCUGCCUGUUACUAUUCCACUGUACUAUAAGAAUCGUCCCGCCGUCUGCGAGAAGAGAUUUCCCGCUAGAAGCCUUGUCGCAGUCAGAAAAUGCAGAACCUUCCUUUGUCUUCCUUUAACUCGACAAUCAGCUAUCCAUACUUGUAUAUCUGUAAUAACAAUGUGUAGCUUUACGUAUAGGCCCAUUAAAGGAAAACAUACGAAGAGUUCAAAAAUCUCUCUCGAUGUCUGCUGAAUCUACCGGAUGAUCGAGUCCAUAAGUAUGCUGCGUAUAUGCUCUUACCGGCAGGCAAAGAGGCGUUCGUCGUCCGUUUCUCUUUCCUCGCAAAUCUCGUAGUGCGAAGUAAUCGUCGUGCCAGGGCUUUUCUGUAUGUGCACUUUCACUCUCACGCGCGCCCGCCACUCGAGUUUGCGCGCAUCGUAUGUACGUGUGUGCACUUUAUCGCCCGUCUGAUUAUUACCGAUCGAGAGAUGAUGAUGCUGAUGAUGCGACGGCUCUACCCUUUGCUAUACAUUGUGUAUAUGUGACGCAACGGCUUUGUAAUUAUCUCGUAGUGAUUGGGGAUAGAAUUGAGUUUACUAUAUUUCAAGAUAACGACAUACACACGCGCGCGUGUAUUGGAGUGCUCAAUUUUCUUCUCACUGUCUCAAUCGAAACGUGUAUGACGUUGGGUUAUUCCAUUUAAAUCUGGAUGUUUAUGUUCCGCUUAUGUGAAUUCUUUGUGGAACGUGAAAAAAUUUUUCGUUUCGGCAAUGCACUAAAUUUAUGAAGAUUGUUAAAUUCAGAUUGAUGGAAGUAUACGUGAGUUUUCCAUUUUUUCAUACUGUUUUCAUUUAUCUUGUCAUGGCGUAUUUUAUGUACAUGUUAUUAUAAAAAAAUUAACUAGUUGUAAAUCCUACGUUUUAAUUAUCUCUUAAGCGUUUUUUAAGCUAUCGAUUAUCUUCAUCAUUGUGUUUGCUAAAUAAUGUGUG